GUCAGAAAAGGAAUGCCGAGGAUGAAACGAUCGAAAGAUGCGGGAAUCGGAGGAGAAUGAUCAGUCGUUGUCGCUCAUCCUCGACAGGCGUAAGAACAGUAGUGCGGGCGGAGUUGUGGGGGAGGGGGGUUAACCAGUCGACCCUGGCUCCGGUCAUCUCAUCGACUCGCAUACAUGUAAAAUUGUAGAUAUAUCGUAGUACCGUGCCAUCGUCAGUCGAUGUAACGAUCUCGGACGUGACGGUUGUUAAACUUCUCGGCGUUCAAUAAUAUACGUUCUACAUUAGUAAAUGUUAAGUGAAAAUCAUUAACUUGUUCAUUUCUCUAAAUGUCAUUGGUCACUGCAGAUAAAAAAUGAUUAACUCGUUCUCUGUAGCUGUUUUGCACACGAUUACAAUUAGCUGUGCGGUCGCACAAUUACAGGGACAGUCGGAUUGCGUGACGCCGAAUCGUGCACCCGGUUUGUGCAUCGGAAUACGAAACUGUCCGCAGUUGUUGAACGCCUUGCAAGCGCGUCCCCUUCAACCCAAAGUGGUAGACUUUCUGAGAGAAUCGCAAUGCGGCUUCGAGGGGAGCGAUCCCCGAGUCUGUUGUCCUUUCCAAAGCGGCGGCGGUGACGGCUACGAAAAUCGGGACGGGGGAACCGAUUCGUUCAAUCCCUUCUUCCAGCAACAAGACUUUGGAGGAAACAAUGGAAACGCCAACAAUGCGAAUUUGCAAUAUGACUUGUCUAACAAUCCGUUGCUUCCCACCGAUUGCGGCAAGGAUUUGUCCCAAAGAAUCGUCGGUGGCGAACGGACGGAGUUAGACGAGUUUCCUUGGAUGGCGCUCUUGGAAUACGUUAGACCAACCGGAAAAUCCUUGUCCUGCGGUGGGGUUCUCAUCAGCCGUCGUUACGUCCUGACGGCGGCUCAUUGCAUCAAGGGGAAGGACAUGCCCAGCACGUGGCGACUGGAAAGCGUCCGUUUGGGCGAAUACGACACGAGCAGCGACAGGGAUUGCAUUCAGGACGGCGAAGAUAGCGUGAUCUGUGCGGACGAUCCCGUUACGAUUGGGAUCGAGGAGCAAAUCACUCACGAGAACUAUCGGCCAACGGCCAGAGAUCAAAGAUACGAUAUCGCGCUGUUGAGACUGGCUCGAGACGUUGUCUUCACCAAUUAUAUCAAACCUAUUUGUCUACCGCCGAGCUCCGUGAUUGGGAAAAAAGUGUUCGUUGCCGGUUGGGGAAAAACGGAAAACGGUUCGUCGUCGAACGUUAAAUUGAAACUGGGGCUGCCGUUGUCCGACGCGGAACAAUGCCAGUCGACUUACGGUAGCGCGGGCUUGACGCUCGGUUAUGGCCAAUUCUGUGCCGGUGGCCAGAAGGGCAAAGAUUCGUGCAGGGGAGAUUCCGGGGGACCGCUAAUGUCCGUGGACCGAGACCGCGACGGUAACGGGAAAUGGACGGCCGUCGGCAUCGUCUCUUUCGGACCGUCGCCUUGCGGUAUGGCUGGAUGGCCCGGCGUUUAUACUCGGGUGGCCGAUUUCGUGCCUUGGAUACUCAGUAAAAUGAGACUUUUCCAACCACAAGACCCUGCCGUAUUUCACGUAGUCGACCUUCCGAUUCGCACGGGAAGCGAAAAAAACCCAAGGACCAUUUUAUACCGAACGCAAAUGCAUAUAUUGGACCAAACGAUUCGUUCGAGCAAGUAUACCGACAUGAUACAACGUAUAGUUUUAUUUGGACUUCUGUUCUUAAGCGGAACCAGUAGUGCGCAAGACAGCUGUAUCAUACCAGACAAUAAAUUAGGUGUUUGCAUCAACAUCCACAAUUGCCAACCAGUAUUAGAUAUUCUUAGACAACAACAACCGUUGUCGCGAGAAACUCUCGCAUACUUGCACGGUUUACAAUGCGGAUUCGAGGGCAAGGACCCGAAGGUUUGCUGCGAACAACGACAAACGCCGCCGGUAGCUGUCACGAAAGACCCGGCGCCUCCAGACGUGACGAACCAUCGCAACGUACAUUUAGUAAAUAGGGACGAUUGCGGGCCUGUAACGCAAUCGAAAAUCCUGGGUGGUAACCAGACCAGUGUAAUCGAGUUUCCGUGGAUGGCGUUGCUCGCUUACGACUUGGGGAAUCCGUUACCGGAAUUCCGAUGCGGAGGAUCGUUAAUUAACAAGCGAUACGUACUCACCGCUGCUCACUGCGUCACGUCACUGCCAAGUAAUCUCAGACUGAUCGGUGUGCGAUUAGGAGACCACGAUUUGGCGAGUGAACGGGACUGCGACAGGUAUCCCAAUGGUACUGAAGUGAUUUGCGCCGCGCCGUACCAAGACUUCGAAAUAGAAAGCACGCAUCCCCAUCCGGAAUACUCGAGAGGAAAGUUGAAGAACGACAUCGCUUUGAUACGAUUGUCGAGGGACGCGGAUAUUGGGCCUUCGAAUGUCCGGCCGAUCUGUUUGCCGAUCGGAACGGCAGUUACCCCGACUCAGACGAAGGUAAGAGUGACGGGCUGGGGCGCCACCGAGAAAGGAACGAGAAGCUUGAAACUGUUACAGGUGUCUUUGUCACCGGUGAGCUUGGAGGAGUGCGCGGAGACUUACAAGAGUAAAGUACAGAUCUGGUACAAGCAGAUGUGCGCGGGCGGUAAAAGCGGCAAGGAUUCCUGCCAAGGAGACAGCGGUGGACCGCUUCAAGCUCCGUCCGUUUACAACAAUAAUCCGAUAUACGUACAGUACGGGCUUGUCAGUUUCGGCCCUCAAAAUUGUGGCACGGAAGGAGCUCCUGGUGUUUACACCAGGAUCCUCUAUUACAUGGAUUGGAUCUUGGACACCAUCAGGUCAUGAACCAACGCGCAGUCACCUCUCUCGGUCCCACGACGUUCCGAAGCAACGAGCAGCGUGCAGGCAUUUUGAAUGCGAAUCGGCGGAUCGAAUCGCGAUGCGAACGUGACGUCUCUAACGUUUGGUAGGAGUUCGUGUAUACAAGUCCUGUUUACUAUGCAACUUGUUACAUUACGAUUAUACAUGAUUGCAUAUA